AUGCUUCUCUACCCGGGGCCUCCUUCGUCCUCAAGUGAUUCCAGCGACUCAGAACAAGUCACUGGCCGUGUAGAAGAGAAUGUCUGUGGCGCAGGGAACAGCGAAGAACAGUCGGUAGAGAAAACUCUGAAGAAUGAGAAAGCAAAGGAGCUCGAAUUGAUUGAGAAUGUCGGGCGAAGCCAGCUGCGAUUGUUGAAGGAAGCAGAAGGCCUACUCUCGGUAGAAACUAUCGCAGAAAGGACAGGAAAAUUAUUAGACGACCUUUAUCAGAAAAGUUUGCGCGUCCUUGAGGUUAAGAUGGGCUGCGUCAUUGUUUAUCUAGCCCCAAGCAAUCUGUCAACCUUAGAAAAGGUUUUAGGUAGAGACUAUAAGUCAGGACGGCUCAGUCGUCAGUUCACUGACCGUCUUGUCGCUGACGAGAUGCGCGCUGCUGCUGGCCAAAACUUGGCAAUGCGUGUUGUCAUGCUGGAGAGACAGUACCGUCAGUGGACAGAAUAUUUCAACACACGAGACAUGGUGCAGACGGGCCAGCAGCUUCCGAGUUCAACGAUGACAUCUGCAACUCGCCAUGAGCAGCCCUCUGUGAGCCCUACCAUCUCGAAAAGUACAAAGACCAAGUGGUCAUAUAAUGAACCUCGGGUCGUGUACAUUAAAAGGCACACGGACUUGUCCGAUAAACAGGCAAAGGGAAAGAGAGUUGGGGCUAUAAGGGAACAAGUCGAGAGGAAACACAGAAAGGUAGAAGAAGUUGAGAAACGAAGACAGUUACUAGAACAAGAGGAGCAGGAGAAACAAAAACACAAAGAGCACCUCAAAAAUUCGCAACAGCAAGCACUCAGUGAGAGGGAAAAGCUGUUGAAAUACCGUUUUGGUGACAAGCACGGUUCACGUUUCUUCGCGUGUACUGACGUAAGUGACAUUCAGCAAAGUGACCACAGCUUACGGAUUGGUGUCUUUGGGCCACCCGGGUCCGGUAAAGGCAGCUUCAUCAACACCUGUGAGCGGGCUUUAAGGCUUACGACAGAGGGAACUCGUAGGACCGAAGCCAGCCAAACGGAAGGCACAAUUCUCGUCCAAGAGUACCUUGGCGACAUUGGUGGCAAGUUCUGCUUGGUCGACACUCGCGACUUCUCCAACUUCAAUGAGAAAGAGUUGAUGGCCAUGACUAACAUCGUGUAUGGGCGGACCCGGCCAGGAGAGGAGAUGGACCUGAGAAGUGCGACUGAGGUGGAUCGUGACGACAGUCGGGACACCUUCCUCCACUGGCUCCAUGCUGUAGUCUUUGUACUGUCUGCACAAGAUCCACUGCUUCUCAACGGGACACACGCUACCAACCUGAAACAUAUUCGUGACUUUAUGAGACCCAGAGGCAUUGCCCCAGUGACUGUUGUGACGCACGCUGACCAGGUGAGGGACAAGAGUCAGCUGGACCAGAUCAAGACGAAAGCCUCCGCUGCAACAGGAAGCCAGCCAAGCCACGUCUACUUCAUUGAGAACUACACACACCACCCUGAGCGGGACUUCAACACUGAGCUCCGCGCGAUGGAAAUACUCAACGCCGCGCUCGUGGUGGGGGAGAGAUACGUGAAGAUUCACAAGCAGCAGCAGCAAUACGCUACAGAGGCAAGACAAACAGCUGCGGCUAAGGAUUUUGCAACAGAGACUAUCGAAGACUUCUUCCGUCGGCUUUGCGACUACAGACACAUCCCGUAUGACAAGGUGACGCCGGUCAUCGCUCGUCUACAGGAAGAAGACGUUACAACAGCUGGUUUGCUUCGAGACACCUGGGACGACUUGGAAGCUGAGUUGCCGAUAAGUUCGCGAAUGAAAACAUACAUCAAAGAAGCCUUGUUUACAACGUAAUCUCUGUAGUUUUUAUCUUUAAGUAAUAUCAGUAAUGUCAGCUCCAACAUAUGAUGCUGCAGAUUGCAGGUAUACUAUUACACUCAUUUUAAGUUUUUAUUUAUUUUUUUUAUUUCAUUUUCACACACCUGGGUAGCC